CCGGUGCGCCGCAGACUCGGGUCGGGCCGGGGAGCGCGGAGGAGCCAUGGCCACCACCAACGGGGCCGUGGAAAACGGGCCGCUGGAUGGGAAACCGCCUGUCCUGCCGCAUCCCAUCCGUGACUUGGAGGUCAAGUUCACCAAGAUAUUUAUCAACAAUGACUGGCACGAAUCCAAGAGUGGAAAAAGAUUUGCUACAUAUAACCCUUCAACUCUAGAGAAAAUAUGUGAAGUGGAAGAGGGAGAUAAGCUGGAUGUGGACGAGGCUGUGGAGGCCGCGCAGGCCGCCUUCCAGAGGGGCUCCCCGUGGCGCAAGCUAGAUGCCCUGGGCCGGGGCCGGUUGCUGCACCAACUGGCUGAUCUUGUGGAGAGGGACCGAGCCAUCCUGGCGACCCUGGAGACCAUGGACACUGGAAAGCCAUUCCUUCAUGCCUUUUUCAUCGAUCUGGAGGGCUGUAUUAAGACUUUCAGAUACUUUGCAGGCUGGGCAGACAAAAUCCAGGGCAGAACCAUACCCACAGAUGACAAUGUUGUAUGUUUCACCAGACAUGAACCCAUUGGGGUGUGUGGAGCCAUCACGCCAUGGAACUUCCCCUUGCUGAUGCUGGUGUGGAAGCUGGCACCUGCCCUUUGCUGUGGGAACACCGUCGUUCUGAAGCCUGCGGAACAGACUCCCCUCACCGCCCUUUACCUGGGCUCUCUGAUCAAAGAGGUCGGGGUCCCUCCAGGUGUGGUGAACAUCGUGCCCGGAUUUGGGGCCACAGUGGGAGCAGCAAUUUCUUCUCACCCGCACAUCGACAAGAUAGCCUUCACUGGGUCCACAGAGGUUGGAAAGCUGGUUAAGGAAGCUGCCUCCCGGAGUAAUCUGAAGAGGGUCACGCUGGAGCUGGGGGGAAAGAACCCCUGUAUUGUGUGCGCAGAUGCUGAUCUGGACUUGGCCGUGGAGUGCGCUCACCAGGGAGUUUUCUUCAACCAAGGCCAGUGCUGCACAGCCGCCUCCAGGGUGUUCGUGGAGGAGCAGGUCUACGCGGAGUUUGUGAGGCGGAGCGUGGAGUAUGCCAAGAAGAGGCCUGUGGGAGAUCCCUUUGAUGCCAAAACAGAGCAGGGGCCCCAGAUUGAUCAAAAGCAAUUUGACAAGAUCCUUGAACUGAUUGAGAGUGGGAAGAAGGAAGGGGCCAAGCUGGAAUGUGGAGGGUCGGCCAUGGAAGACAGAGGACUCUUCAUAAAACCCACCGUCUUCUCUGAUGUGACUGACAACAUGCGGAUCGCCAGGGAGGAGAUUUUCGGACCAGUACAGACCAUUCUGAAGUUCAGAGACAUAGAAGAAGUGAUCAAAAGAGCAAACAGCUCUGACUACGGACUCGCGGCAGCUGUGUUCACAAAGAACCUUGACAAAGCCCUGAAGCUGGCUUCUGCUCUGGAGUCUGGAACAGUCUGGAUCAACUGCUACAAUGCCAUCUAUGCUCAGGCUCCAUUUGGUGGCUUCAAAAUGUCCGGAAACGGCCGAGAACUAGGUGAGUAUGCCCUGGCUGAAUACACAGAAGUGAAAACUGUCACCAUCAAACUUGAUGACAAGAACCCCUGAAGGAAAGGCAAGUGCUGGACAGCUGAAUGUGGCAGACCAAACUUGUCAAACACGGAAAGAACACAGUGACAGUACCGGCCUUCCUGGGACCCUUUCUUCCGGCAACUUGUGAUCUACUGGAGUUGAACAGUUUUAUUUUCCUCUCACCCUCCUGCGUUAUGGACCAGGCUGUGGAUGACCGCACAUUGUGUGUGAAACUGCAGGCUUGCCUGGGGAGAAAGCUACUGGUCAGUUCUGACUUUGCCAUUAGGCCAGGUGCAGGACAGUGAAGACACCCAGGCUCUUCUAGCACACGAUGGUAUUUGGAGUGUCCAGAUGUUUCUUCCAAAUGCUUUCCUGCUUCGACUCCACUCAGAUUUGGAAUGAGCUCCCCAGAGGUUCUGCAAGCACGACCCUGCACCCAUGGCCUCCUCAACAUCACUGUGCACAGUACAAGCCCUUCCUCACUGUGAGGUAGAGGUGGGACCAUUCACAAGGAAAGGAUUAUGCUAAGAUAAAAAGAAAAAAACAUUCCAAUGUUGGGAGCUUUGGGGUAGCACAUACCAUGGAAUGGUGCCAGAGGCCUUGGGUGUGCAGAGAUGUGGGUCUUGAGGAUUUCAUGUUGACAUUGGCCAUGGGAUUCACCUUCAAACCAAACACCAAAUCAGCACUCUAAAGAGCUUGACUUAAAGCCACAUGGUGGUCUGCAGUAACCAUGGCACUUUUGUAGGAAGAACAUUGCUAGCGUCACCUUUGCCACGGAGGACCCAGGAUUCUAGUAGUGCCACACAGAGCAGGUCCUGGGUAACAAAGUCACACCUUUUUGACAACCAGAGCCACAAUGUGUUUCUGAAAAUUUUGUGCUCAUAUCACACUCAAUAAUGGGUAAGCCUGUAUAAGUUUCCUUUUCUCCAGCUCCAUUAUCCAUUUUUACAGCAGUCAAGCACACACAGCUGGAAAGUCUGCUAGCAUAACAUAGCUGUUUGUAAAAUGUCCAGUUCGGUUUUGCAUUUGAUUAGCGAACAAAUGACACCUGGAUUCCAUGGCCGACCUGGGUCAUCACUCCAGCGACCUGAGUAUUUCACCUAAAGAUUAUGAUUUUUUUUCUCUUUUCCUUUUUUGUGUCUACAAAUAAAUGAUGUGCAAUUCCAUUUAACUUGGAAGUCAUUCCUAUAAAGCUUUAGAAACAAAACCAAACAUGUUACUCAGUACUUUGAUUGUCACUACCAGUACUUUCCUAAUCAGAAAUAAUGCUUAUGUUUGAGGAGUAACGUGAAGAGAGCGACAAUAGAAGUGACGCUCUGUGUUAGACCUACUGUGUGUAUAAAGAAUAUCACAUCAGAGAUGUGUAAUAUGAACCAAACCUCCUUUCCUCUAUCAGAAACACCUAUCACUUAUGCUUCCAGUCACUUAAGUCAGGUUUGACCUCAUACACUGAAUUUUCAGUAUCUCAAUAACUACAGGCACUAACCGUCAUAGUACUGCAGUAGAGGGUUGCUGUGCUUUCAUUGUACAAUAAUGCCUUUAAUAUGAAAUGUUACUUUAUUUAUAAUUAGUAUAGUUAAUGUAUCUUUUAUAGCUGUAAGUACACAGAGGUGGUAUAUUUAACCUUCUGUAAUAUACUGUAUUUAGAAAUGAAAAAUCUAUAUAAUGUUAGAUAUCACUUCUUUUAAGGUUUACCCCUGUGGUAUGGUUUUAAAAUCUAUUGGAUUGGGAAUUCUGAUCCAAACUGCAGACUGUGUUCAGCUAUGAUAAAAUAAAAUUGAAUAUUUGAUUAAU